AUGGAAGAACUAUUUAAAUAUAUUCGCAAGCAGCCAGAAGAUUUUGUAAUCAAUCUCAUUUCUGACCAGGAUGCAUGCAGAACGUAUAUUAGAUUGCUUCCUCCAUUAUCUCAACAAAUUCUUUUUAGACUUCUUUAUAUUGAGCGCGGAUUUCCACGAUCUGAAGUAGAAAAAUGGUCACCCAAGUCAAAAUCAAACGACUUAAUAAAUGCAAUUAAAAAAUUAAUUAAAGCACAUUUAGUUUACAUUGUAACAGACACUAUCUCAGAAAACAGCUAUAACAGCUCGAUUAUUAUUAACAAAAGAGUUCGUGAAGUUUUACUUGGUACAUAUGUUGAAGAUAAAAAAGCAUUUGUACGCCAGAAAAAUCCAUUUGCUCCAGAUGACCAACCAGAUGAAAAUUUCGUUCCAUUUGAUGAACUAGACCAAUCAAAGUUCCCAACAAUCGAUGAAAAAAUCCUUGAUGACUUCUCAAACUAUCAAUUAGAAUCUAUUUUAAGUUUUAUGUUGAAAUUACGCGACAACAUCGAUAAUGAAGCAAAGAAGAUCUUAUCAGAUGCCAAGCUCAUGGAAUUUGGAGGAAAUCUUUGUCCAAAAGGUCACAGAUUUUUACUUUUGUCUCCAAAGGAGCAAAUUUGGAGAAUUGUUAAAUGCUAUCUCAAAUUCACCAAGGAUUUGCACAGCUCACUCAGAUUCCUUCUAAAAAUAGGUUCCAUGGAAUUAUCGAAAGGAUAUCCAAUUACGAGUUUGACGCCAACUCAGAAAGAACUUCUGAGUCCAUUCAAGACUAUCGGGCUUGUUUACAUCGAUGGAGAUUACUUCUAUCCAACAAAAUCAAUUCUAAACUUCUUUGGCAAAUCCAACAUUUUUCAAACGGAAGGAUGGAUGCUUAUCGAUACAAACUUCAAGAUUACAGCAUUUCCAAAGAGUCCAUUACAUACAGCUCUUCUUAAAAAGUUCGCAAACGUAACUUACGAAUUUCCAGGUUUUGCAUCAGCUUUCAUUUCUCCUAACAGCUUCAGAGAAGCCUUAAACCAAGGUACUACACUUGAUGAUAUCAUUGGAUUCCUCAAAUCCAAUCUUUCCCACAAAAUUGGAUCCGGCCAAAUUCCGUCUGCCGUUAUGAAGCAGUUUUACGUAUGGAGAGACCAAAGAGAGAGGCUCACAGUCACUCAUGAGUGCAUCAUGAGGCAGUAUACCAAUCCAAAUGAUGCAAAUUUGGCCGCACAAUGUGCAAAGCAAUUGGCUGGAUAUGUAUACGGUCCCGCUGAAAAGAAGGAGAGCCAUUACUGGAUUGUCAUAACUCUGAGCUCAAUUGAACAGAGUUACAAACCUUAUCUUGAUAUGAUUCAAAAUAAUUCCGAAAAUGGCGGAUAUAUAUAA